CUGACUCUUCCAUGUAUUUGCGAAUCUCCACUCACGACAGGAAGAUUGCAUCGCAUUUAAAGCAAGAAAGCUGUGCAAAUUAAAUUAACAGUGCAAAAAUCAAACACAAAAUUUCGCUAAAAAACUACCAUGGACAAUUUCCUCUCCGGAUUAAUAUUAUGGCCAUUGUUAACCGUCAUCCUUGCCCCCAUCGUCCUCCCUCUCGCCAUAAUUCGACUGAUUGUCGACGUGCUCGCCAAAUCCCAUGGUCUCAGCCCAAUCACGCAUGGCGAACAGUUGUACACUUGUCCCGAGGGGAAAAUAUGGGCACUGUUGACAGGGGGGUUUAGAUUAGAUUCGAAAAUAAAUCUAAUUAAAUUCAGGGAAUUAUUCAAGGAGAAAUUCCUUACAAAUCAGAGAGACUCAAUUUUCUAUAAAACGGUCCUCCAAUUCUGGGGAUAUGGUUAUACUCGACCAGUAUCAAAAAUUGAUCUCAAUUUACACAUCAGAGAAGUCCGAUCAGUUCAAGGAGAAGGAUUCAAUGCAACGCUUAACAGAUUGUGGAAUGACAUGACCAGUAUGCAAGAGAACUGGGCAACUAGUCCGCCGUGGGAAAUUCUCGUGUGUAAUGAUAUCCAGGGUGUUCCGGGGUCAAUGAUAGUGAUAAAAAUUCACCACGCCUUAGCUGAUGGGUAUUCCAUGGUCAGCAUUAUAGAUCAACUCACAGGUAACAGGUCACCUUAUAUUGUGAAGCCUUGGGUUCUUUCGCCAUGGAGGAAGAUCAAAAUAUUCCUCAAGCUUCCUCUCGGGUUUUUGAAGAACAUCUAUAACCUUGACGUGUGCCUGGUUCAUCAUCCAUUUUCUUUGAAGAAAAACACUUCCACAGACAUUCCUCUGACCACAUCCACCGCGACGCUUGAUUUUAAAAAGAUUUACGAUAUUCGAAAAGCCGAGGGCUGUAGGGUCCUACCAAUUUUUAUGUGUCUCCAGGUGGAAGCAGUGAAACGGUUUUUAACAGCACAUAAAAGGAUAGAUGACGGAACCCAAAUGCAGGAGUAUUUUCGACAUAUUAUUAACCUUCCGAUUCCUGAACACCCCGCCGCGAGAGAGAAUCGGCUUUGCGUGUACUCGAUCAUGGGAGAUGGACGAGUUCCCCUUCAAGAGACCAACUUGCGGACCAGACUUCACAUAACGAACACACUGUUAGAGGAGUAUGAAGGAUCCGAUGGCGAAAAAGUGGCAGCCCUUCUUCGCAAUAUCCCAUAUAUUCUGCCGAACCCAAUCUUGAGUCAUUUUCAGAAUAUGAGUAAAUAUCCCUUAUUCUCCACCAUCUCGACACUGUUGUUGUCCCCAGAACCGUACGUUUUGCAAGGGACGACAAUUAGCAACUUCUAUUUUGGGACUACAUUUGACACUAAGAAUUGCGGAUUACGAGGAGUCACCCUGUUCACGUUUACCAGAGGGAACGAAGUAGAUGCCAGCAUUGUCGGAUCGACAGAUUUAUUUAAAACUCAGGCCGAAACUGAUGAGUAUGCUGACAAAUUUCUUGUCGAUGUUUUGGAUGAUUACUGGAAAUUGUGUUGUAAAAACAAGUCAUAGUUCUAAUCAGUCUGACCUGUUGAAUUUUUUGGGGUAUUUAAAUCCCAGUCAUCAAAAUAAAUUAAAUUGACAAGUCACAAAA